AUGACCGACCCAUUGAAAUCCUUCGACUCCUCCGGCCGCCCUAAGCCCACUACCGUGUCGCAACAGGUCUACAACAUCGCCGGUAUCUCCGUGACAGUUUACGGUCUCGAGGAGCUCCAGCCCCAAGCUGCAGGUGUCGCGUGCCUGUGGUUGCUUCACCCCCGCCUCGCAACCCAGGAGCGCAUGACUGGCAUCGCGGCAGCGGCGAUCAACGAGUGGAAUACCAGGAACCAAGCUACCCCGUCGGUCAAGGGCCUGAUUGCGGUUUCUUUCGACCAGCGCAAUCAUGGAGCUCGAAUGGUGGAUCCGCUUGCCAAUGAGGCUUGGAGGCAGGGAAACCCUCGCCACGCGCAGGAUAUGUUCUCCAUCUUCCAGGGUACUGCGCGCGAUACCUCGCUGCUAAUAGACUACCUUGCGGCUUUUAUCUUCCCGAAUGGCGAGCAUGAGAUCAUGGAAAAUCUGGUGCUGGGCGUGUCACUCGGCGGACACGCGGCAUGGAGUUGCUUGUUGCAUGAGCCUCGCAUCAGCGCCGGUGUCGUCGUGAUCGGCUGUCCCGACUACCUGAACCUCAUGGUCGACCGCGCCCGCUUGUCCAAGCUGCCCUCGUGGACCAACUCCAACCCGCCAGGCUCGGAGAUACUCGGCUCGGAGGCUUUCCCAACCUCCUUCGUCGAGAUCGUCAAGCGGUACGACCCCGCCAGUCUGAUGCUCAGCCAUGUGGAUACCGGCUCGUCGAGUCCGCUACGUGAUGGUCCCCUGCCUGAGCCGACGGAUGAGGAGAAGCAGGAGCUGCGCCCGCUGUUGACGCGGUUGUUGGCCGGCAAGCGGAUCCUGAACCUGUCCGGGGGAAUUGAUAAGCUGGUCCCCUAUCAUCGUGGAGAGGCCUUUUUGACUUGGUUCAAGAGCGCGGUUGGAUCAAAUGGCUGGUUCGGUGAUGGGGGUGUGACCUUCGAGGAUAUCAUUGACCAGUCUGCCGGCCAUGAAGUCACGGCUAAGAUGGUUGAUGAGGCUGUUCGGUUCAUCAGUGAAACGCUGGCGGCGAGUUCGAACAGCACAGGUCAGAGAGGCUCGGUGCGGGAGUCGAAGAUUUAG